GUCAAAGCUAGCCUAAUGCAUUUCUCUGUGGUACCACAGACUGCAUCUCUUUCAAAUAGUGAAAGCAGACCAGACAACAUUUUCUGAAUUAGCAUCUCUGGGACUUCUAUGCUCACACACAGCACACAUAAGGUGUAACCAAGUACCUGUACUUUACCUAGGGACAUCACCUCAAAACCACUUUGGAUUAGGGGGAAAACUCUGAUUUUCAGCAAAGCCAGAGCAACGAUUCAGAAACAGGAGUUUCAGUGGAGAUCCCAUUUUUGGUCACCUGCUUUAUAUUAUCAUACAAAUUUUGGAUAGUUUAUGGAUUAGGGAAACUGCAACCCUGGGUUAGGCAAAUUAGUUAAGUUUGCUGGUGUUCGAUCUGAAGACAAGAUGUGCUUUCCAGAAAAUAUGGGACUGUAAGGAGAUUCUUUGAUGGAUAGUGAUUUUAAAGAAACAACACAGAAUGGGUAGAAGAGAGAUACAACGCCUCAUCAGAUGGGCACUGAUUCUUACACUCUGCAUUUUAACUCUUUGGGGAAGGAUAACAGCAGCAUCGUCACAUCACAGAAUUCAUUCAGUUCACGUUGAACCGGGUACAUGUGAAGUAAUUGCUGCCCAUAGAUGCUGCAAUAAGAACAAGAUCGAGGAGAGGUCACAAACAGUAAAAUGCUCUUGUUUUCCUGGACAAGUUGCAGGGACCACAAGAGCUGCACCAUCAUGUGUCGAUGCUUCUAUAGUUAUCCAGAAGUGGUGGUGUCAAAUGCAGCCAUGUUUAGAAGGAGAAGAAUGCAAAGUGUUACCAAACUUUUCUGGAUGGAGUUGCAGCACUGGGAACAAAGUAAAAACAACAAAGGUCACCCGAUAGUUUCUGAAGGACAUUCAAUAUCAAUUUCAGAAGUUUGAAAAUGCCAUCAUGGGCCAACGUUACCUAUGGAAAUAUUGUGUACUCCAAUUUGAAGGAACUAUUUGUGAAACAACUGAUGUCAUCCGAUAUCACGUUCCAAAGUGACAUUUAUGAGGAGUGCCAUAAUGAUAUAAAAAAAACAAAAAAAAAUGACAAUGUACCUCUUAAAAGGACAGAACUGAUAUUUGAAGACUGUGCAACUUUUUGUUUUAUUAAGGAGACAAAUCUUUUAGGAUGUGCAACCAAAAAGAAAAAAAAAACAUCGUAUGUACAGUAUUAAAAAUGAAGGAUUUAGGGACCAACCUACCAACACAACAGCUUCCAUUUAAAGGCUUGUAUUUCUACAUUAUGACUGCUAAGAUAUCUCUUGAUUUAUGAUGGUAUAUUUUGAUUAGAAGCAGUUUAGUUCAUAUUUUACAUCAGUUUGACUUGAUAUACAUUUUCCUUCUCAUUAAGUGAAGAUGGACAUUAAUAUGGUUUUCUGAAAAUGUGUUGUAAACUGUGCCUAUCAUGCUUUAUAUUUCCUCCCAUAGCACUGGUGGAUGUGCAGUUAGAAAAUAUAAUAGUCCUGCUACCUAAGGUCCUUAGGAGUUCACAGAUCUUAACAGGGUUUGCCCCAAUAAUACAAAAUGAAAAGAAAAUAUAGCAUUAGAAAGAUAUCCAAAUCGUGCAUAUAAAUGUGUAGAGUGGGGAGCUACAAAAGUGGUUAUUUUGGUUGCAGAAUUUACACAAUUUUCCAAUUAUGUUUUACAUGUAUUUACUAUAUGGUUAAAUACAAAUACACAAUAAAAAGUACCAAAAAAUACACAAACAGUAUUUUAUGAUUUUAAAGCUGGUUAUUAAUGGUAUCGUUAAGGGCAGAUUUAGAUUUGCUUUAAUUAGCAAAGUCACUUAUCGCACUGACAAUGAAAUUAUUCUGCUGAGUGGUUCUACAGUAUGUACAUGGUUGUUCCUUAAUUGCCUAACAUAAGUGAGACCUGUUAAGAUAACUUUGAUUUGGAUUGACACUUUGCGGUUUUGGGUUAACCGUGCACACAUUAACAACAUUAUAUAUCUACACAUGAUCGAUAUAUUAUUAAGAAAACAUACAACAUUCCUUAACAUCUCUUUAAGGAACCUAAAGAAUUAUUUGGUUUAAAGCAGUGCCCAUACUUUACUAAUGUGGGGUCUAUUUUUAGU